AUGAGUGAAAAAAACAGUCGUAUCGCCAUCGUCAGUGCCGACAGAUGUAAACCAAAGAAAUGUCAUCAAGAAUGUAAACGUUCCUGUCCAGUCGUCAAAACUGGUAAACUAUGUAUCGAAGUCACCCCAACUUCCAAAAUUGCCUUCAUUUCUGAAAUCCUAUGUAUCGGUUGUGGUAUCUGUGUCAAGAAAUGUCCCUUCGACGCUAUCACCAUCAUCAACCUACCUACCAACUUGGAUCAAUUCGUCACCCAUCGUUAUUCAGCUAACAGUUUCAAAUUACAUAGAUUACCAACUCCAAGACCAGGCCAAGUCCUUGGGUUAGUCGGAACGAAUGGUAUCGGUAAAUCCACUGCUUUGAAAAUCUUAGCAGGGAAACAAAAACCAAAUUUGGGGAAGUUCGAUGAUCCUCCUGAAUGGCAAGAUAUCAUUAAGUAUUUUAGAGGUUCUGAAUUACAAAAUUAUUUCACAAAAAUGUUAGAGGAUGAUAUUAAAGCUAUUAUUAAACCACAAUAUGUGGAUAAUUUACCUCGUGCUAUUAAGGGACCUGUUCAAAAAGUUGGUGAAUUAUUGAAAUUGAGAAUGGAAAAGGAUUCUGAAACUGUUAAAUCUUAUAUUAAGACUUUACAAUUGGAAGGUGUCUUGAAUAGAGAGAUUGAUAAAUUGUCUGGUGGGGAAUUACAAAGAUUCGCUAUUGGUAUGUCUUGUGUUCAAGAUGCAGAUGUUUAUAUGUUUGAUGAACCUUCUUCUUAUUCGGAUGUUAAACAACGUUUGAAUGCAGCUACUAUUAUUAGAUCUUUGUUGGGUCCAACUAAAUACGUUAUUUGUGUCGAACACGAUUUGUCAGUCUUGGAUUAUUUAUCAGAUUUCAUUUGUAUCAUUUAUGGUGUUCCAUCUGUUUAUGGUGUGGUUACUUUACCAUCUUCAGUCAGAGAAGGUAUUAAUAUUUUCUUAGAUGGUCAUAUUCCAGCUGAAAAUUUAAGAUUCAGAUCUGAAGCUUUACAAUUUAGAUUACAUGAAGCCGGUGAAGAUUUGAAGAAUGAUGCUACUCGUGGGUUUGAAUAUCCAGCUAUGAAGAGAACUCAAGGUGAUUUCGUUUUGAAUGUUGAAUCUGGUGAUUUCUCUGAUUCUGAAAUCUUAGUCUUAAUGGGUGAAAAUGGUACUGGUAAAACUACUUUAAUUAAAUUAUUGGCUGGUGCUAUCCCAGCUGAUGCAGCAUCUGAACCAGUUCCUAAAUUAAACGUUUCUAUGAAACCACAAACUAUCGCUCCAAGAUUCCCUGGUACAGUUAGACAAUUAUUCUUUAAGAAGAUUAGAGGUCAAUUCUUAAACCCUCAAUUCCAAACUGAUGUUGUUAAACCUUUGAAAAUCGAUGAUAUUAUUGAUCAAGAAGUUAAACAUUUAUCUGGUGGUGAAUUACAAAGAGUUGCUAUUGUGUUAUCUCUAGGUAUUGCUGCUGAUAUUUAUUUGAUUGAUGAACCUUCUGCUUAUUUGGAUUCUGAACAACGUAUUAUUUGUUCCAAAGUUAUUAGAAGAUUUAUCUUACAUAACAAGAAGACUGCUUUCGUCGUCGAGCACGAUUUCAUUAUGGCUACAUAUUUGGCUGAUAAAGUUAUUGUCUUUGAAGGUACUCCAUCAAAGAAUGCUACUGCUCGUAAACCUGAAUCAUUAUUAACUGGUUGUAACAGAUUCUUGAAGAAUUUGAAUGUUACUUUCAGAAGAGAUCCAAAUUCUUUCAGACCAAGAAUUAAUAAAUUAGAUUCUCAAAUGGAUAAAGAACAAAAAUUAUCUGGUAAUUAUUUCUUCUUAGACAACACUGGUGUUUAA